CACGUACAGUGUAGAGCUCCAACGAGGAUGUAAUAUAUGUAAUACAGAAAUUAGUUUCGCUUUGUAACAGGUGUUACUGUGUAUGUGCAUCUGUAAGUCGUAAUUAAGAUGAAGGUGAUGUGAUAAAUUCGGUGUACAGGUGCGCUAUACUAAGUAGACGAUGGACUUUUCCCCGAUUAUAAUUGCUGCUCUUGACUUUGGCACCACCUAUUCCGGGUACGCCUUCCAGAUGCGACAUGACCACGAACGGGAGCCAUUGAAGAUCAACACAAACGCUUGGAUUGGCAGUGGAAAAUUAAUGUCACAAAAAACUCCGUCUUCCUUGCUUCUUUCCCCAGACAAGAAAUUCCACUCGUUUGGAUACGAUGCGGAGACGAAAUACUCCGAGCUGACAGAGGAGAAUGAACACACAGGCUGGCUGUACUUCAAACAGUUUAAGAUGCUUUUGCACAAUAACAAGACCCUAGGUCGGUCAACCCUGAUAAAGGACAUCAAUGGAGAGAUGAUGCCGGCUAAGACCAUUUUCUCUAUGGCGAUACGAUUUCUGAGGGAGCACCUGCUAACCAUGAUCCAGAAACAGAUAGCGAACGAGCUGGAUGAAGGCAUGAUUGGCUGGGUCAUCACAGUACCGGCCAUCUGGGACGAGGGCGCCAAACAGUUCAUGAGGGAAGCCGCACAAGCUGCUGGUGUUUGUACUGAACAUCUUCAGUUAGCGUUGGAGCCAGAGGCCGCUUCAUUGUACUGUAUGAAGGAGCACGCCAUUCGAGUUUGUGAACAAAGCACUGGGCGAACAGUGGCACCACUGUUCGAGGAGGGCUCCAAAUUUAUCGUGGUAGACAUGGGAGGUGGAACAAUCGACAUGACGGUACACCAAAUAACGAUCGGUCAGCGUAUCCGUGAGAUCCGACGAGCUUGUGGCGGGGCGUGUGGUGGGACGACAGUGGACAACGCCUUCCGAGCGUUCUUACAUGAAGUGUUCGGAAACGAGGUCCUGGAGACACUGAAACAGGACUCUAUGUCAGAUUACUUAGAACUGUUUCAGGAUUUCGAGGUGAAGAAACGCGGGUUUAAGUCCGAGUUGGGUAGAAAAGUCGUGUUUCACAUGCCAGUAGCCCUAGUUGAGCUCUAUGAGAACAUGACGGGCAACAAGUUUGCCGACAGUAUGUCAAAGUCUACGAAAUUGUCCCAGAGUGUUAGUAUUAAAAGGGACAAAAUGCAUAUAGGUUUCGAGGUAUGCAAAGACUUUUUCAGUGAGGCAGUAUGCGGAAUCAUGAAUCAUACGCUAGAAAUUAUGACUGAAGAUAUCACAACGAUAGUGUUGGUUGGCGGGUUCUCCGAAUCCUCUCUAAUACAGGCACAAUUCCAAGAGAUGUUCCCAAAUAAGGUCAUCUUCUGCCCACAGGAUCCCGGACUUGCGGUUCUCAAAGGUGCAGUCUUGUAUGGGUUUGACCCGAGUGUCAUAAAAUCCCGAGUGAUGAAGUACACAUACGGUAUAGAGGUGAAUAACAUUUUUGAUCCAAAAGUACAUUCUCCCGAAUAUAGAUUCUGGAGCCAGAGCAGCAGUCAGUGGUAUUGUUCCAAGUGCUUUGAUCCGUUUGUCACGGCAGAACAAGAGGUGGAGGACGGCAGCAUUGUGACAAGAUUGUACAGCCCCGGCAACAAACAGCAUGAAGUAACCAUCAGUGUAUACGCCUCCAACCAGAUACCGACUUACAUCACAGAGCAGUCCUGCUUCAAACUCGGCACAAUCAAAGUGGAGCGCCCUGCCCAGGGCUGGAUUACAUCUUCACAACUCCGGGUGGACAUGUUGUUUGGAGGGACAGAGUUCACGGUAAAGGUGUCAGACACGUGCAACGGCGCAUCAUAUAUAAACAAAUUCGACUUCCUACGGUCUUGAUUUUGUAAAACACGCUGUAAAAUAUGUCUUGUGUGGUCAUGACCUUGAUCAAAUGCAAUUUUCUGUGUUCAUGACUUUGUAGAACAUGUCGAACGAAUAUCGCUAGGGUUAUCCAGACUGUAAAAGACCACCAGCGGUCAUUUGCUUAAAAGACGCUCCUUUAUACUUGUACAUCAUAUCAUUAGGAUAAUACCUUUACAAUUGAUAAUCCAGACAUUGCAAGAACUUCGGCACUUAGUCACACCUGAUCAUCUAAACCAUAUAUCUACUGAUUAUUUCAGUGUAUAACCUGUUUAAACACGUUGGAUCGUUCAUUAUCUAAGUCCGAGUAUUUUGUUGGCAUGCAGUGCAACCUUUGUAUUCAAGAAACUUUGUGUUACAGUUACUUUGUUGGACUUAAACACUAAAUUGCACCUUGUUAGUCUGAACAUGCUGUGAAUCUUGUCAGACUUAACAGUUGAACCUUGUAAGUUGAUCUUUUUUUAAACUUCUAUAACUUGUUAAUCUUCUUUGUUUGUUGCUUUGUUCCAAUUUCGUGUUUUCUUGUUGCUUUUAGGCCAGUCACACUAUUGUUUUCUUGCGUUUCGUGUGUACUUUAGACUUUUACGAUGGAAUUCCGUGUGUGAAAACAAUUUGCUAAUUUUGUUAGUGAUUCGACUGUAGUUUGUUUUCUUUUCUAUUUCAUAUAUCCUCGUAACGCGCGUGUGCAGAGUCAUUUUAAAAGGUGAGAUUUACCUUUACCACCGGAGCCUGAAAUUCUUUCAAAUACUAAUAACAGUAAUACAAAAAAUACCUAUAGUAUGCUAAAAAAAAUAGACUACUUUUUAAGCAUAUUAUAGGAAUUGUUUUUGUAUUAGUUAUGAUUAUGUUUUGACUUUCAGACUCCUGUUACACAACCGAAAAGGAAGAGUAAAUGGAAUAGGAAAGAAAAUAUUCAGAUCGCAAGUAUUUCAAUAGAAUCGGAAGAUUAAUCUUGGUCUCUCCAAUGACCGUUCCUGUGUGCAGAACACAACCCCCGAUUUCGCAGGGGCCCUCAUUUGUUGCAUCGCACGAUAACAUGCUUUUGGAUACAACAGACCUGUCCCUCGCAAACCUUAUUAUGUACCAGUUAUGAAAAGUUUUAUAAAGUGUAUUGUGUUAUACGAUUAAUAUUUAUUUGUUUACAUAUUAUACAACCUAUGCGUUUUCUUUCUGUUGUCUUUUAUCUUCAAACCGUUUUAGUAUACGUUUGAUGUAUUCCUUUUAGUGAACGUGUAUUUUUUAUACUGUUUGACCCCGAAUUGUUAAUUGGAACAGUAAACCAUACCAAAAAAUACUCUCCUUCAUGGAGAACAUGGAGUGGGAGGUCUACUAGCAUAGGUUUGGCUUUUAUGUAAUGGACGUGUACUAAUCUGAACAGUUUGAUUCGUUUUACACUAGUUAGAUCACUUUAGUUACUACAUUUUAUUUACACUUGAACCUUGCUUGUCUGGUAACUUGAUGUAGAAUGGAACAUUGUUAGUCUGGAUAAUUUAGUUUGUAUGUUCAGUGGAACAUUUUCCCAUUGACACUUUAAAUUGCAUGUAUUGUGGAACAUUGUUAGUCUGGAUAAUUUAGUUUGUAUGUUUAGUAGAACAUUUUCAUUGACACUUUAAAUUGCAUGUAUUGUGGAACAUUGUUAGUCUGGAUAAUUUAGUUUGUAUGUUCAGUGGAACAUUUUCGCAUUGGCACUUUAUAUUGCAUGUAUUGUGGAACAUUGUUAGUCACGAUAAUUUAGUUUGUAUGUUUAGUGGAACAUUUUCCCAUUGACACUUUAUAUUGCAUGUAUUGUGGAACAUUGUUAGUCACGAUAAUUUCGUUUGUAUGUUUAAUGGAACAUUUUCAUUAACACUUUAAAUUGC